AAACAAAUUCUGGACGCAUUAAAAAAAUACCAAUAAUCGUUGGAGGACGAGAUACAAUCCCCGGUGAAUUUCUUCAUAUGGGUGCUAUAGGAUGGAAGGGUGUUAGAAAUAACUGGCAAUUUAAGUGCGGUGGGUCACUGAUCAGUCCCAGUUACAUUCUCACCGCAGCUCAUUGCUCUGUGGCUUCGGCAAGCGAUACCACAUUACAGGAUGUAACGCCAAAAAUCGUUCGGCUCAACUUCAGAAAUAUAUUUUUUGUGGAAAAUGAAAUUAGGUUGAAAAAGUACGACGUUGGUAUCAAGAGGAUUAUCGUCCAUCCAGAAUACAGUCCGCCGAAUAAAUAUUACGAUAUAGCUUUAAUGGAAUUAGACCAUGACGUUGAAUUUAGCAAGUAUGUCUUCCCUUCGUGUCUCUGGAGUAAGCCUGAUAUAGCGGAGUUAGGAACUUCUGCCACUGUGACCGGCUGGGGUGCUUUACACGAAGGAAGUUCAGAUAUCUCUCCGGAGCUGCAAGCAGGCGAUGUCAAUGUGAUCGACAGUGAUAUGUGCGAUCAACUUCUCCAAGCUUAUUGCAAUAGGAACUGGUGUGGCUUGAUGGAUCAUCAGCUCUGCGCGGGGAAACUAACAGGCGGCGUCGAUUCUUGUCAGGGUGACUCCGGAGGACCACUUCAAGUCAAAAUUAACUUAAAGGUAGACUCCGCUUACAACAUCUACCAUAUUAUCGGAGUGACGUCAUUCGGCAUCGGAUGUGCUCAAGCGAACACACCCGGGAUUUAUACUCGGGUAUCCAGUUUCAUUGACUGGAUAGAAAAUAUCGUAUGGCCCUAUUCGCCGAUAUCCGAUACUACGUUAUUCCAACAUAAUCGUCCGAAGUGCGCGGUGUUUAAUAGAAUACUUACAAAGUCCAAAUUUGCGUCACAUAACAUGGCGGUUACAUCGUUAUUGAGACUGGAAGUAUUGUUUGCAAUAACCUUUUGCAUCGUGGCCGAAGUGUUAAUGCACCCAGAAAACGACGCACUGCAAGGUUCUAGUGAUAACAACUCUGAUGGAAAUAAACGGCCAGAAGAAAUAUGGUCUUGGGGCUAUGUGGACAAUACAAAAUCCAACAACCAGUCUGCAACCACCGAAGAACCUGAAGUGUGCAAACCGUAUAAUCCAACAGUACCCAACUUCGAGAAACCUGGAAGAAGAAUCAGUGAAGUCAAAUGCUAUGAAUAUCUAUGGAAUAUAAAUUUCAGAGAAGAGCGUGAUCGAAGAUUGGACAAAUGCUUUAAGCUGCAUAGUAAUGUCCAGCCAUCAUUUGCUAUUGGGGGACGCAACACAUUACCUGGCGAAUUUCCACACAUGGGUGCCAUAGGCUGGCAGGCAGUCGUUGGAUCCUGGAUAUUCAAAUGUGGUGGAUCGUUAAUUAGCAAUAAAUUUAUACUGACUGCGGCUCAUUGUACGAGCUUCUCCCUGAAAGACACUUCCAUCGCUGAUCCUAUUCCUAAGAUCGUCAGACUCGGCGACAAAUAUAUUUUAGACAAGGAAGUAAACGAUGGCAUAAUCCCUGAAGACAGAGAAAUCGUAAAUAUCAUUAAACAUCCAUCCUACAAUCCUCCCAAGAAAUACUUCGACAUUGCCCUCAUGGAGUUAGACAAAGAUGUCUUCUUCAGCAAGUACGUACAGCCGGCAUGCCUUUGGCCUCACUUCGAUCUCAGCAGUUUGGGGAAAAAAGCUAGUGCGACAGGAUGGGGAGUUGUCGAUGCAAGAAGCACUGACAUAUCGCCCGAACUGCAAGCUAUCGUAAUAGAUUUGAUAGAUACCCCGCAAUGUCAGCAAUUGCUCGAGACUUCGUGCAACAGACACUGGUGCGGUGUCGAAGAUCAUCAGCUGUGCGCUGGGAAGUUGGCUGGGGGAGUGGAUGCAUGUCAGGGUGACUCUGGAGGUCCUCUCCAAGUUGAAAUAUCUCUUCCUACAUCGUCUCAAGGCAAGAUAUAUUGUAUAAUCGGCGUGACGUCAUUCGGGAUCGGCUGUGCUCUCCCUGAACUGCCCGGGAUAUACACGAGAGUGUCGAGCUUCAUUGAUUGGAUCGAACAGAAUGUUUGGCCUACAGUCCACCAAAGUGGUACAGCUUAGUGCACUUUUAAAACCAAAGCUUUCUGGCAUUGAAACGAACGUCGAAUUGUAAUUAAAAACAACGUUCUUAUUAUGAAACACACAAUUAAGAAGAAUAAGUAUAUUAGUAGUUAUAGUACAUAAGCACAGAACAAUUAAUAUUAUAUUAUAUAUAUAAAUGUUAUGUUUAUAAUUCUUAAUAAUGCAUAUUAUAUCAACUUUUAUCCAUUAUAAGUUAAAAAA